GAGCAUUGAGCUGAAGGCUGUCUUCGAUGAAGCCGUUGUGGAUAGCUCUCUGGACUUUGCAACAGGUUGGACCUUGAACUGGGGCAGUUCUGGACCGGUCGCAGCAUCGCUUUCUGGGAAUUUUGUGGCUUUUGGCAAUGACAUCGACAGCAUAACCUUGCCUGCCAUGGUCAGGGGAGCCAGGGCCACCUUACGGGGCACCAUGGUCCUCCAGUGUGGAGGCGGCAGUAUAACCUGUCCAGUAGACUCCAUGGCAAGCCUUCCUCAUCUGCUAAGGAGGGUCAUGGCCUCAAUCCUAGGACUCCGCCAGCAUAUGAUUGACUUUCAUGAGUCCCUUAGCGGACCAGAGGAGCAAACAGCCUCAGGCAAGUCGUUCACUUUUCUGGUAGUGGUGCAGCUGGUGGUUGCGACACCUGCGGAUGUGGGCUUAUAUCUGAAAGCCAGGGCUCUCCUAAAGGACAUGCAGCGCCAAGUGCCCGUCCUCACCACUGCCCUUCAAGAGCUCCACGGACUUCCUUUUGCAGUGCAGCAGCUGAGUUCCUUUGCACAGCAUAUUUCCUCACCGCCCGCCCCCUCAGCCUUGCCUGCGCUGCCGCGGCCUUUGUCAUCUGCUACUCCGGCAUCAAGUCUGAUAGGAGCGAACCAG